CGAGACUUGAUCACAAGUGGAGACGAACAAUGAACUAAAACAGUCGGUUUUUAGCAACAAUGACGGGACAGGACAGCGAGUUCCUUGAAGCGUGAAGAGGAUAAACACGUCACGGCUCGAACCUCCGUGACAGAAUCUCCGUUUUACGUCUACAAAGCAAAAACACAACGAGGGAGAGAGUUAAACGCGAAGGACAAAACUUGCGGAUGUUUUUUUUUUUUGUAGGCGUGGGGAAAAAUACCCUAAAAGUGAACGCAGAGGCUAAACCCUGAGACGAUGUUACAGACCGGAGCGUUCACAAAGGUGUUCAUCAUUACCCACUCUGUUUUAAUGGGUGUGCUUACCUAGUUGAGACUUCGAGGGUUGAGUCUACGGCUCCUCUCACCCCCGUCUGCAUAUGUGUGUGGAUCUUCGGCCUCACACUGACACAACAACUUCUCAAAAAAACAGGUGCAGGAUGACAGCCCCUCCUGCUAGUGUAGACACCAGAAGCUGUUACACGACGGAGAUGGCGCUGAGAAAGGAAGCAGGAGGCGGUGAAGAAGAAAGCAGGAAGUCAGUUGAAUACAAAACUGCUUGUAUGAGGCUAUAUCACUCCUCCAGUAGCCUAACCUCCUACAUACUCCUCAUCCUCUUCCUCCUUCUCAACAUUACCUCCGUCAGAGCGAGUGCUAGUGAAGACUCACUGCUGGAGAUCUCGGACAUUCUACCAGAAGACACGAAAAGCUAUGACAAGAUGCGUCCCCCACAAUCACAAGGAAAUCCCACAGUGGUGUACUUCCACGUUACUGUCAUGAGUCUGGACUCCAUAGACGAGAGCUCGAUGACGUACGCUGCUGACAUCUUCUUCGCCCAGAGCUGGAAGGACCAUCGACUACGCUUCCCACAGAACAUGACUGGAGAGUACCGCCUCCUGCCCGUCUCCUGGCUGAAGGACAUCUGGAGACCAGACGCGUUCUUCAAGAACGCCAAGUCUGUCACCUUUCAGACUAUGACCAUCCCUAACCACUACCUCUGGCUCCAUCUCGACUCCACCAUUCUCUACAUGGUCAAGUUGACACUGCUACUCUCCUGCGCCAUGAACUUCCAGUCUUAUCCACACGACACCCAGCAGUGUGCCAUGAAGAUUGAGAGCCUCUCCCACACUACUGACGACUUAAUGUUCGUGUGGGACCCACUGGUUCCUCUGGAGGUUGAUGAGAGAAUUGAACUACCACAGCUCGACCUCGUCUCCAACGAGACUGGUGACUGCACCCAGGUCUACUCUACAGGUAACUUCACCUGCCUGGAGGUGGUGUUUACUUUCAAGCGUCGUCUGGGUUACUACCUCUUCCACACCUACAUCCCCACCUGCUUGAUCGUCAUUAUGUCGUGGAUCAGUUUCUGGAUCAAACCUGAGGCGGUGCCAGCUAGAGUGACACUGGGUGUCACCUCACUCUUGACACUCUCAACACAACAUGCCAACUCACAGAAGUCGCUUCCUCCUGUCUCCUAUAUUAAGGCUAUAGACAUGUUCAUGUCAUCAUGCACGGUGUUCGUGUUCAUGUCCUUGAUGGAGUACGCCAUGGUAAACAUCAUCCUGGGAGACAUGGUGGACCAGAAGCCGCAUGAUGACACAUUCAUAAGACGCAUCUCCCGCAAGCUCACUCUCCGCAGACCAAGAGCUCAGGCCAACCGCAGGCGGAACGCAGGAGACGUGACGCUACAGGAAGCUGAGAACGGAGGCUUCAGGGAUCCCGAAGGAGAGCCCAGAAUCAUGCCUGCAGGCCCUUCCAUACCACAUGCCCACCACCAGCAUCCUCAUCAUGUCGCAGGACCUGCAUCUCCUCCGGCCAUAGGCUUGGCCCCCGCCAAGUACGGUUCCACGCCCAACGUAUCUCGCUCCAUGGCCCUGGAUAUGAAGGAAGCCAGGGAGAAGGCCAUCCUGGUAGACCGGUUCUCCAGGGUAGCUUUCCCGUUCAGCUUCACCAUCCUCAACUUUCUCUACUGGGCUGUCUACUUCGAGUGGUAACUGCCUCGUAUUCUGGGCGGCUUACAUCGAGGCUGCCUAUUUCGUGGCUAUCUUCUCCAGGGCUACCUUCUUCGAGGCUGCCUACUUCGAGGCUGUCUACUUCGAGGCUACCUUCUUCGAGGCUUUCUACUUCGAGACUACCUUCUUCGAGGCUAUCUACUUCGGGGCUACCUUCUUCAAGGCUCCUACUUCGAGACUACCUUCUUCGAUACUGCCUACUUCGAAUGAUAACAUCCUCGUCCAUCGAACUUCUUACCUCUAGGUUACCUACUUCGAAAGGUUUCUGCCUCGUCUUCCGGACUACCUACUUUAAGUGGCAACUUCCUCAUCUUCUGGACUAUCUACUAAAAACAAAAAAAAGGUACCUGGCUAAUACAAUAUCCGCAUACCUUUCUGGAAAUGAAAGCCUUGAGUCCAUAUUUUGGAUCCAUCUUUUCCUGUAUGUCACGCACAGAAGCCAAAUCUUUACCAUCAGCGCCCUGUCUCUCAUCGUCUCCAGAACUCUGAAUCUCUCCACUAUCACCUCUCAUCCCUACACUGACCUCUGACAAGCUGGCUUCUUGUUAGCAUCCUGUGGCAGUCAGUGUCUUUUUAGCCUGUCUUGGGUACCUGUGGUCAGUAUAUUGAACUGAGGACCCAAGAAAACAUGUCUUGGGAGAAAGAAAAUCAUGGCAGUGAAAUCAUUCCCUAAACAAGUCUUGAAAGAAUCGGUUCCAAGUGCACAUGCCCUAAAGAAAGGCACCUUUUCCGAAUGCCCGCCAUUCCCCAAAGGCUCUGUUUGAGCCCAUAAUAAAGUAGUAAUAACAAUACUCAAAUGAUUCUUAAAAAAAUAAAUAUUUCUGAGUGUGUUGCGCAUCUUCUAAAAACAAUCCAUACUAACUGCACAUUGUCCACAUGCGUCUUAAGUAUUAAUAAAGUUGACUUUGGAAGCCUUGUCCACUGCUCGUACUUAAUAACAGAUGCUGAGGAGUGCUGUUAGACAGUGUCAUGAAACUGACGCUAUUUGCGAGUUAAAGUAAGUGAUAAUAUUACUAUAGGAAGAAAAUGCUGUUGCUACCACUGAGAGGAAGGCCCAUGACAGUUCCGUACAGCCUCAGUGACAGCCACAAAACUCACCCUCUCAUAUUUUAUUGACUGUAUUUUUUAAUUUUAUUCCAUCUAUGUCUCUCUCUCUCUCUCUCUCUCUCUCUCUCUCUCUCUCUCUCUCUCUCUCUCUCUC